AUGAAGACUUUGACACAAAAUUCGGUCCUCGCAAUUGCACUACUCCUCACCAUGGCCAUGCUCAUAACAUCAGAAGCGAAUGGGCGAUUACUGGUUGACAGAGAAACAGUUGUGGUCAAGAAUGAUAUUUCAGGUGAAAACAUUACCAUCCACUGCUAUUCCUCCGAUGAUGAUCUUGGAGUUCAUACGCUUCCUUAUGCCGCAAAUUUCACUUGGUAUUUCCACGUGAGUGUUGGAGGAACUACAAAAUUUUACUGCGAUCUGACCACCGGCCAUGGUUCCGGGAACUAUGGAGUUUUCGACUGGAGAUUGGAGACUCGAUGCGACCAGUAUUGUCUCUGGUUGAUACAGGCAUAUGGUCCAUGCCUCGUACAAACAGCGUACGCGGGCCACCUUUAUUGCCAACCCUGGAAGAAACCCCCUCACAAUAUCAAGGCUUUUCCCUCUUAG